GACACACACACACCCACAUCAUCAAAUAAAGACUUCCACAACUUCUCGGCUCUCUUCACACCUCUCUUUUCUCUUCCCUCUCGAAGCGACGAUGGCCCGCACUGCUUUUGUUGCUCUCGCAUGUGGCAUGCUCGGCGCUGCCAGCGCGCUCGAGGUGGUUACACCUGCCGAGGGGGACAUCGUUGUGGCUUCCAGGGCGUACACCGUGGAGUGGACCGGCACCGGGUCGAACAACCGCUACGAGAUCGACCUUUACUACUGCGGAUCCAUGUGCAUGGAGGAUGAGUGCGGUGACUGGGUGACUGCUCUGUGCCCGUACGGCGAGGACGGCUGCCCCGACAACGAGGGCGACUACGACAUCGUCAUGCCCGAGCCCAUGAGCGGCACCUCCGGCUCCGGCUACAAGGUGCGCGUGGCGGACGUGGACGAUGACGACUCGGGCGACUGCUCGGACGAGUUCUACCUCAUGGCGCACGCCGAGGCACCCAGCGCCGGCGACGCCGGCGGCCCGUACGUGACGGUAACUUCGCCCUCCAGCGGGGACUCUGCCGAAGCCGGCGAGGAGUACACCGUGGAGUUCGACUACGACAACGGUCUCGGAUCGUCAGUGGGACGUUUCGCCAUCGACCUCUACUCGGCCACGGGAUCUGGCGACUGCGGCACGUUCAUGUACACCCUGUGCGACAAGCCCACCAUCGGCUGCAAGGAUUCCAUGGGCGACUACGAUGUGGAGAUCCCGGAAGAUGCCGAGGCAGGCAUGUACACCAUCCGCGUGGGAGACUUCGAGGACGACUCGGUGUACGGGUGCUCGGACGAGUUCGAGAUCCUCGGUGCCGACGACUCGCCGGAUGACGGGGACCUGGACAUGGAAUCCGAGGACGCCGACUCGAGCGACGACGACUCGAGCGACGACGACUCGAGCGACGACGACUCGUCCAUGUCGUACCGCUUCUAAGGAUGUAUCUACGACGAUCCCCAACCGGCCUCUAUCUACUACGGCUCCUCUUUGCCAAACGAAAUCGUAACGCUGCUGCGAGGGGAAGAGCUGGGGCAACUCGCCCGUCCGUCGUAGCGAUUUAUCCUUGUGUUUGUCUACUGCUUCGCAAGGGUUGAUGGAACAGGACGAUGUGUUGAAUGUCCGAGCGGAAACUCAAGUGGGGUGAUGGCAUAGGGAAAGUGGCAGUCCGCACAGGCGGAAAAGGCUUACUUGUGCGGUUGCGUUUGUUAUCGAGUUGAUCCCCGAACGUCGAAAGCUUGUUUUUGUCGUUUCAGUUUCGAGAUAAUCGCUCGAUGAAGUCUUUGUUCUUGGAUGUCAGCUGUAGCUGUGAGAGGGGCGAUUCCCGUCCUGUCUCUCUUGUUUUGUUGCCCCGCUUUUGGGCGGAGUUUUUCGACCCUUUGGUUCUUCUGUUUUGUGAUGCGUUGUUGUUUUACUCCGUGUGCUGUAUCCCCCCGGCUUGAAAGCUCCCCUCGUAUACGGGUCUGGUACGGCUGCAGUUUGGAGCUCAGCGCAGUGCUCUUGGUAGGAGGGCAUUGGUUUCUCCCAAGUUCCCUCUGUUUCUCCAAUCAAGAUCACGAGUGCAAUAGUGACGAAGGAAAUUAGGAAUACCCUGCCCGCGACGAGCCCGAAGUGUUGUGUGGUGAAGGGGUAGGUAGAAAGCAGGCCCACCUUUUCAAGUACGAACCGUCGACCGACCGAAAUCGUUUCCCGCGGUAGCUUUUUCCCUUGGGGUUUUCUUCCGAAUGUGCUGUGUUCUCACUUGGUUUUGCUCUUGAGCGUCAUACAGAAUUAUUACCAUCCACGUUCCCUUCGCAUGCAGCUUCGCUCAUCCUUUUUGAAGUCGCAAAUGUUUUCGCGCUGUUCUUGCCCAUCGAAAAAUGUAAGGGGUAGUGGAGGUGUGGAAGACCUGACCAAUUUCGGUGGGACUGGUUCUCGUCGAAAGCGGGAGGCACGGGCGAUGUUAUAGAACCAGUUGAUAGCCGAAAUCUGGUCGAAGUCCAGUUUGAAGAGGGGCGGUGUCCUGCACACACCACGUAGCACGCAUUCCUGUGUGUCAUGGGUUGGGAAGUUUUGUGUACAUGGUAUUAGUGCGUGUGCUGCCUUGGCAAAGCGUCUAUUUUUGGGACGGGAAGGUUGGGGGAGUAGGCAGAGGAAAGGGACGUGUGUACAAUGACGAGAGGCGAGGGGCGUUUUUUUUUGCUCCAUCCUGUCGUUGUUGAGGCCGUCUGGUUGGUUGGUAAUGCUUCGUUGUGUUUGCCCAUUCGCGGCCCCGCCAUCUCGACAAUGGCAGCUGUUCCUUGGUUGACAGCGCUUACGAACCGUGCGUGAGACAGGUGCUUUGAUUGUGAUCUGGGGUGAAGUGUUUCAAGGAAGGACAGGUCGCCAGUGAGAUCGUCGAGUAUUUUGGUGUAGUAGUCCUUCCUCGAGCAAUUCAGCCGCAUAUUUUCUUCCGUUUCUUUCUCUCUCACCUGUCCGGUGUUUCUCUAUAUGUAUUGUUAAUAUGCAUGAUAUAAAUUACGAUUUUUACACCGGCCCGACUCAGUUUGCGUGAAUACGCGUGCAUACGUUUGGGGCCGUCACGCAUCAUGGGGAUUUGGAUUAUCGGUGUGCUUCCAGUGAGACGUGCAAUCGUGCAAUCUGCUAAUUGAAAAGACCGGAGU